AUGAAAACGAAAACUUCCAAAGGCAUCAGUCCAGGAUGGAACGAGUCCUUUGAGUUCGAAGUUCAAACAUCGUCGCCCAUCAAAUUAGCAGUCAUUCGCACACCACUUUUUCGACCAAAUGUACUGAUAGGAGAAGCCUCAUUGUGUCUAAAAGACACACUCAAAGACAAACAUAGUUUUGAGGACACGUAUCAAUUGUGCAAAGAUGGAUCACGAACAGCGAAGUCCGGAAGCAUAGUUGUUCGUCUUGAACUCGUCGAAGAUGUGUCUGGCCCCGUAUUUCAAAGUCAAGAUCUUGCUUUAUCUCAUGAAUUGAAGGCCCCGGUCACUACGUCGAAUGAACCUAGCGGUAGAGAGGCCGCGAGAAACUCUUCCAAUUCCACCAAGCCUGAGGUGUUACACGCUACAGAAAGCGCAGUCAAAAGUGCAAACAAACCAGCGCAUGAUCAGGGUGCAUCCAAUGCUGGUAUGAUUACGAGUGGAGUAGAUAACCUGGAGAGUCUUUCGGGGACUAAGUGCUUCGACUCAGUGUGUGGAUAUGUCGAAAAAUUGACGAAUAUAGUAGACGUUGUGUCCGAGAUUCAUCCGUACGCAAAAGCUGCAUGGAGUAUUCUAGGCCUGAUCCCGAAGGCAGGUUCCAUCCACCUCGAUGCUCAGCUCAAUCGCGAUCAAAAGAUCCAAGGCCUGUGGUCAACUGCGUCAGAUAUGCUCGACUUCUUGGACGCUGCCGAACCUGUCAUUGACGAAAUACAACGUCCCAUCGUUUCGAACAUGUUGAAACAGAUCCAUGAUUGUGCUUUGUUUAUUCAGGAGUACGCUGGGAGUGGAUUUUGCAAGCGUGCAUUGCGAGAUACAUCAAGUUCAGAAAGUGGCGAAGCCAUCUCACAAUAUGUGGCUGCGUUUCAGCAACUGAAAGAGCAAUUCAAAAUUAGAUCGUCGUUGUCGAAACUCAAAGUCUUCCGUGAGGUACGUGAGGGACUAGUCGAAGUUGGCGAGGCAUUGCAAAAUAUCAAAGAAAUGGAUCAACAUCAAAUGAUACAAGGCUUGCUUGGUGAUAUCCGAACAGUUAUGGAAUGCGACGAGAACCAAGCUUGUUUGGCGAACACACGGGUGUCACUUUUGGACGAGAUUAUGGAAUGGGUGGAUGAUCCGAGAAGACCUCAAUAUUUCUGGUUGCACGGUCCUGCAGGUUCUGGUAAGUCCACAGUUGCCAACACCAUUGUUGGCAGAUGCAAAAACCUUGGGCGCCUGGGGGCGAGCUUCUCCUUCAAGCGCGAUAUCUCCGGCCGAAACAUACCUGAUUUCAUGAUCGGGAACCUUGCGUACCAACUCGCUUUUUUCAGCACUCAUUUCAGGCAACUUCUCUGGAGCGCUAUCUGCACUUCUGGAAAUAUCAAUCUGCAGCCUCUACAUGCUCAGCUACAGAAGUAUAUCAUAGCGCCCAUGAAAGGGCUCAGUUUCUCUGGUCCCGUCGUCAUUGUCAUCGACGCAUUAGACGAAUGCGGUGACGAAAGCACUCGCGAAGCAUUCCUCAAUGCCUGGUCACAGGGAUUGCCGCACCUACCUUCAUUUGUCAAAGUUCUUUUUGUCAGUCGAUACGAGGACGAUAUACGCGUUCAACUCGAGUCAACACCAACAAACCUUUCAAAAAGUAUCGGUGGAACAGAGGGGACACAACAGGAUAUUAUGGCAUACAUUGAGAAUCAAAUGCGAGAAGUUCAUCGACGUCAUCCAUAUCUUCGUUCUCGUCCAGACUGGCCCUCGCAGGACGAGAAAGAUAAGCUGCAGCAUCGUGCUGAUGAUCCCAUUGUUGGUCUUGAUGACAUGCUUUCUGGCGAGAGAUGGUUCCCAGGAAAGCCAGAAAACACGACAGACAGACUCUAUCUUGAUAUCUUGCGACGCAAGUUGAAUGACUUGCCCGCCGCAGAGGGACUGAACUACUUUCAGUAUAUCAUGGGUUCAGUGGUGGUUGCAAAAACGCCAUUGACAUGCGCACAGCUAGACUCUCUCCUGGGUUUGUGUCCCGCCACAGCUAAAGACCCGCUAAAGCUCCCAGAUGGAUCUGUGAUCAAAAUAUCGACAUCUAGUGGGCUUGUCUCAUCCCUCAGUUCCAUGCUGCGUGCUGAGGGGGAUACUGUCCGACUGCUUCACGCAUCUUUGGCCGAUUUCUUUACAGACCGUGGACGCUGUACAGAUACACGUUUCUUUGUUGAUGCAUCCGUUCAUAAUCGGAUUCUGGCGUUCCGAUGCCUGGAGACCUUACAACGGACCCUCAAGCGUGACCCUUGUGGAAUCGCAGACGCGACAAAGGAUAAUUCCGAGGUCGAUGAUCUCGACGGCCGCCUUAAGAAAUUUUUGUCGCCUGAUGGCUGGUAUGCUUUUGAAUAUUGGCAUGAGCACCUGUCGGGGAUCAUUGAAAAUAGUGAUGGGCUUUAUGAUCAAGCAAGGAGCUUCUUAUUCAGCCACCUGCUUCACUUGAUUGAAGUGAAAAGUCUGCAGGGUGCCAUUGACAGUACUUUUCAUGUACUCUCGGCGGAGGUUUCUAAAUCUCCCCCCGAUAACGUCAUUCCCCUCCUCAACGACGCUGUUCGGUUUCUUCAGCAGUUUCGUGAACCGGUUACGCAGCAUGCCGCCCAUAUAUAUCUCUCCGGUAUCCCUUUCAUUGCCCAAAACACCACUCUUUACAAAACAUUCGCUCCUGAACUCCGUGCCGUACCAAAAUUAUGUUCUAGUCCUGCGCAGUCACUAAAAUUGAUCACUUUACCAAUGAGUUAUGACCGGUGUGCAGCAAUCUCGCCCGAUUGUACACGCUUAGCCUCUGUGUCUCGGUAUGGGACGAUACAAAUCUGGGAUGUCGAAAGUUGUACCCCAAUCCGAGACCUGACAGACGGAGCUUUGAUCUGUGCUGGGGACAUGAGAGGCUAUAUCUAUGUAUGGGAUGCCAAUACUUCUGAGGCGAAGGGUGGCCCGUUUUCAAGGUCUGGUACCGGCGGUCCUGUGCGCCGGGUGUCUUUUGUGAAUCGUUGGACGGUUAUUGCUUCGUACGGCGAUGAAAUAGUCUGUGUCUGGGACAUUGAAUCAGGUAGGGUGUUAGUCGAAUGGCAGGGCAACUGCGGGAACACCCAAUUGCGAGGUCCCUUUGUGAUUGCUAAUCGCAAUUAUGAUGAAGAAGGUCUACGUGUCUUUCAGGUAAAGUCAAACCCAGUCACCAUUGAAGAAUAUGUAUCCAAUCAGGUCAUUCGGAGGGUGCAAGUGUCAUUAGACGAGCAGAGAGUAGCCUUCCUGCUGGGACCAGACAGCAAUCCAGUUAUAAGGAUAAUCAAGUCGUCCGGCGAUACGGUUUCAAGCUGGCCUCUUAUCGCAGACAAAGAGUCUCGAAUCUCAUUCACAGACAGCGGAGCACAACUUUUGGUUUGGGCCCCUUCCACCGAACCAAGUCAUGUUCGGUUUUAUGACGCCGAUUCAGGUUCGCUAGUGCGCGAUGUUGUCAUGUCAGAUAUGGCCGAGUUGGUCAGAGUCACAGCUGACGAGAGUCGACUGUUGACUUGGAAUACUAGUAUUUUUACUAUUGUCAUCAAGAUAUUUGACCUCGCCAACGGACAUCAGAUAGCCUCUUUGGGACAUUAUCGUAUUUUAGGUGAUGUCAGGUAUUGUAUUCUCCCUUCAGGAAAUCGACUGGUGGCAAUUGGCAGCGAUGAUGUCACUAUCUGGGAUCCUGUUCUCUUAGAAUCAGAGUCACGACCGUCUCGCCACGCGACGUCCCUUAUCCUUUCCCCGACGUCGAGACAGUUCGCUGCUGCCUUCUCCGACAACAUUGUAGAACUUUCCAAUCUAGACGGGAACCCUCUGUCGUGUACCGUGCUCCCUGGCGCCAGAUCACCGUUCGCUUUUGCACCAAGUGGUAAACAACUUGUCUGUGCAUCAUUAAACAACGACCUCCUUUGUUUUAACCUCGCUGAAGAAACCUCUGUGAAGCCAGCGUACUUGGGCCACAGUGGCCUCAUCACAUCACUCGCCUUUUCUGCCGAUGGCAUAACUGCUUCACAAGACAGCACAAUCCGUAUAUGGGAUGUCCGGUCUGAAAGUGAACUAUGCUCGCUACCUUGCAACUCAUCUGGUGUAGUAAGAUUGCUGGCUCUCUCCUCAGACAAGUCCCGUGUUACCUAUCAAGUCGCCAGUGAUUACCAUGGCCCCUUUCAGACGCUUGAUGCAGCCUCUGGCCACAUCAUUGGCUACGUUGGUUAUCGUCCUUACCGGGAUUUGCAGCACUGGGCAUCAUUCUCACCAGAAGGAAAACACGUUGUGUGUGUGUCGACCAAUGGCCACAGCUGUUUGCGUGAUGGCCAUACAGGACAAUAUCUACGCCAUAUAGAUCUCCAGCCUCAGGUCACCGAUGCAGCGUUUGCCCGUAACGCAUCACCUUUUGUCACCAUAUCUGAACUCGAUAUUGUGGACAUCAGGCAUACCGCUCCAACCAAUACCAACCCCGUCCGGCAGAUACUGAAGAACUCUCUUGGUACAAUAACAAUACUCUGCCUAUCGUUCGCUGGAAAGUACAUUCUAAUUGGAACAGAAGGCGGAUAUGUCAGUAUGUCAGAUACAACCCAAGGGGUACUAAUCUGGGAAGCAUCCGGGUACCGCGAUAUAUGGAACAUGGCAUUCUCUUCUCAUGGAGAAAAAGUUGCCGCUAUCGUUGGCGGGUCUGACUCACCCUCUCGCCAGGUCAAUCUCCUUGAAGGAUCGAUUGGAAAAUUGAUGUCAUCCUGUCGUGCGUCUGUCGAUCAAAACAGUAUAUCUGUUGAAUUUUCGCCUGAUGAAACCCAGCUGAUAGGUACUACACAAACCCACAAAGUGACGUCAAUAAUCGAAGUAGAUGACACUAUCUAG